AUGCGUCAGCUUCAAAGCUCGCUGAAUCGCAACCGCAACAAGAGCUACAACAAGUGGUCGGCUUUCCUGCUGAGGGAAGCCUGCGCACUGCGGAGGCUCAGCGGCUACUCGAGGUCAAAGGACACCGACAAGAUGGCAGCGGGGUUGACGCAGCUCGGCAUCGUCAUGAGCAGGAGCAGUCCGUAUCUCGCUGACGUGGAGGACGAGGCAACAGGUGAAGACCCAAUGAUCACCAGACAAUGCUCGUGGUAG